AUGUAUGCUGAUGAAGAGGAGAGUCGUUUCACUGGUAAUAUUCAUACAAUGCCUUCGAUGACUGCAAACGGUAAGAAUAAGGAAUCCGCAACGGAAACGACAGAUCUGCUCAGGAAUGGCGGCUCCAAAGACGAUGAAAAUGUAGGUUAUACAUCAGUCUUCACGCAAACAAUUGUCGUUAUGCGACAUGGGGAGAGGCGUGACGGGUCGGUGGAUGCGGAACCGGAAGCGGAUCCUCCUCUUACAGAACAGGGUUUAGCAAAUGUGUCAAACGCAGCAACAGAGCUUCGUAACAUUCUUGGAAGCAGAACAACACAGAAUUUGCAGAUUUUGACCUCACCGUUUUUAAGGACUAUGCAGACAGCUGAGAGGCUGCAAAAGUGUGGAAUAGGUGUAAGACGGCAGCGAAUUGUAGACAACAACCUUUGUGAGGUGUACGGGCCAUUGAGAAUUAAAAGUAAAGAACCACCCCGCUUACCCGAUGAUGCUGUGGUGUCCGGACGUGGGUCGCUGCCUCUGUGGGGGGAGUCCCUCGAGUCAGCAACAAAACGGUUUGCUGAUGCGUUACAAAUGAACUCACGCACAUAUUCGGAAGCGAAUCUACUAUUCGUAACACACGGCGAUGCCUUAGGUGCUAUCGUUUCUGCACUCUAUCCAAUGCGGAUGGUUUAUGAGGCGGAAUACCUCUCUUUCAUUGUUCUGCGGAAAAAUAAGAUAGAAAAUAGCUUAGCAAGUGGAUGCCGUGAGUUUGAACUUGUGGCUUCCAAAGGUGUGCAAUGGAUGGUUACAGGUCCGGAGGAUUGCGACCCACAAGAGUCGGGUCAUGCAGCUUCUGAGGAUUCCGCUUUAGGCAAGAAGAGCGACCCUUUCGGGCAACCGAGAGGUGAUUCACCUCUUCACAUUUCCCGCCGCCCCUUUGGAGCUGAAGACGGUGCGUCACCCAUUAAUUUACACAACCUCUCCAAUGAGGAGGGCCGCGGGUGCUUACUGGAUUUUUGGUUACUUUUUGUAUUUCGCGUGUUGGCAGUGGCGUCGCAGGCACCUCUGCUUUUUUUCCUUGAGACAAACCUUAAGGAUGCUGGUACGUAUAUCACUGUUGUUUUGCUACUCGAGUUGAUAUUCUUUUAUGCCUCCACCACUGACGAGAGAUAUUUUGGUUUUUAUCAGGCGCUCGUAGCUGUUGAGAAUUUUCCUGCAGUUUGUCGGCGAAGUUACAGGUCACUUUCCGGUGGUCACGGUGCGAGCACCCCUCGACCCAAUGUACUGUUGGUACUUUGCGCCGCGAGCUUAAAGUGUUUUGCCAUUUUUGCUAUUGCUAGCGGUGCUGCCGCGUUUUUAAGCCUUUUCCCCGGUAUCCACUUCACAAUGUUUGAUUCGUAUAAGAUGAUAUUCAACUCAUUCUGGAGUGCGCUGCUGGUAUUGUUUUUGCUCUUAUUUAACUUUGUCCGUGUAUACUGCUACGUGUCGGUAGCUUUGGCGGGUUAA